AAGACGCCCACACAGGAAUAGGUUGUGCCAAGAUCGAUACCGACUGCGGGUGCCUUCGCCAUUUUCUCAGAGUUCUGCAAGGUGAAGAAAAACGUGGUUGAUGGAUGUCCGAGGAAGUUUUUGCGCUACUUGACAUCGAGCAAUGCGCGCCUUCUGCAUGCCGUCAAGGUGUUGCUAGGCCAAACCCCAAGCCAGAUGCGUCGCACACUGGAAUAACGGUCGAGUCGGCUUGGGUCUGGCUGAGAAAAGUGAUCGGUUAUAAACCCGUACAACAAUGCCCCUCGCAUCUCCCCUCGAACUAUACUGGCCGAAACUGCGGGAGAGUGGUCCACUUUAUUCAACAUAAGUAUUGUUACAAAUCGAAGCGGAGCUUCGGUUAUAUUAAACUCCCGACGUUACUGAAAUCAGUGAAUCUCUCUUCUUACGUAUCAACAUCUUCAGGGAUGGGUCUGAUAUACGAAGUCUAUGCACAGUAUAUAUUAACGCUGGAACGUAAAAUGGAAAAUUAUAAAGUUCAACAACAAUUUCAUGAGCUAUGUCAUGUAAAUCAAGUCGAGAACACAUGGCUAAGGAAAUGCUAAAAAUUUAUCUGCGUAAAAGAAGAAAAAAAUGAAGACUCCUUAGUAGUCAUCGCGACCAUAUUGAAAUCGCGACCAUAUUGAAAUCGUGACAGCCAAAAAUCACGCGUAAAAGCUUCUGGUACGCCAUUUGUACAUAAAGACAAUUUGGAAGACAAAACAAAAUAAUGCAUUAAAAUUCUUGAGUAGUAAAAGUGAGUUUUAACUUUUUUUUUUUAAUAGAUUGAUACGAGGUGUAGACAAAAAGUUCGUGCACUGAGCUCACCACAAAUUUAAUUAUUUGAUCUGGAAGAUGGUCACCUUUGAAAUAUUCUCUCCCCGACUGAGUGCACUUGGCUCGACGCUUUUUCCAUUGUAUAAAUAUUGCAUGGCACAGAAAAAUACGUACGCACUUGAUUGUAACUAAACUUGCACUUAUUGUUAGUGAAUUUAUUGUUAAUUAAUUGAUACCUGUUCCUAGCUCUAAUGUAACGCGGGUGAACGCGGGGACAAGGCGACCAUUCCGAAAUGUAAAAGUGGAAUCGAAAAUCCAGUGUAACACAAAACCUAAUAAAAUUGCAUUAGAUCGCAUCAGCGAUCCUGCAAAAAUUUGUGCAACGGACAAACACAUCCGAACACGUAAUUAUAAUAAGUACACGGCCCCAAACAAACUUGUAAACUUCAAGUUAUCGAACUUGCACCGAUAAAAGGUUUUCCCUUGGACGUCGAAGCAGCAAAGUAGUACAGUGUUGUUAUAGAAAAAAAUUCAUUGCACCAACGUUUUUAUUUUUACUCGCACUUCAUAUUAAUAUCUUUACCUCGAGUUAUAGAGGAAGGAGAAGAUUCAACCGUUUUAAUCCAACUUUUGAGCGCGUUUCUUUCGAAUGGAGACGGAGAAUCUUCGUCGGCUGAAGAAGCUAACGAGAUUCUCUCGCGCGAAUCCAUUAUUUAAUGACGGUAUCACACAAGCGACUCGCUGCUGCGACUGUUUUCGAAUCACACUUUCGAAAGAUGCUUGCGGCCGUCACCUAAUUGAUCAGUGUCCACUUUUCGAACAGCUACUUAAAUAUUAAUAUGGAUAUAAAUUUUCAACGAUUGAGAAAUUGAAACAAAAUAUGAGUUCUUUGACAUUUUUAUAGUUAUUCAGAUAUAUUACGAAACUUCCUCGCAGAAAAAUAUGGGUAGUAAGAAGAAAGAAAAAAGAUUGUCAUCACGAUCCUUUCUUGUUUAUGUAUUUUUUUAAGAUUACUUGAUUUUAGUCUUACAUAUUUUAUAGUUUUUUUAUUUUAUUUUUAAUAUCUCUUAUUUUUAUAUUUUUUCCUUUUUUAAUAACAAAAAUUAAGAAUUUUUAGUAUAUCACAGUACAUUUUGUUUAAUCCUGUGUAAAAAUCCUUUUACAUACACGAUGCUCUACUUGCUCUAGAAAUCUGUCCGAGUCGUCCGAGAUCUCGAUUCAAUUGUUCUCGAAUAGAAAUAGCAAUGUACUUUAUGACUCUAGAUAACGUCGAAUAUGAGGUUAGCUAUUGAACUUUAUGCCUUUAUACUUUAAAGAAAAGAUUGUGAUGGCAACCUUUUUUUUUAUGAUUUUUCCUAUAUUUUUCUGCGAGGAAGAGUUUCGUAAUAUUUCUAAAGGGGGGGGGGGGGGUUUAGAUUCUACGAAAUCUCAAUUAGACGAUAAUCAAUUUCUUUAGUAAAAUGUUUUGACAUUUGUUUACAUUUUACUUUUGUUUAUUUCUCUUGGAAGGACUUUGAAUUUUAAGUUUCUGCGUUGAGUCAAUAUUGGUCCGGCGACAAAAUUAAUCGGAAACCUUAUGGCCAUUCCACACAAAAAAUCAAAUAUGAAAUACAAAAACACAAUGUUGGAACGUAAAAGUCAAAGGGUGCUUUUUAUUUAAUAACACAAGUCGACACAAACAUCAUUCUAUCUUUUUUUAAUAUUGAAUGAGUAACAAAGAUAGAAUGAUGCUUGUGUCACUAAAUGGAAAGCACCCGAAGAUUAGGAUUACAAAGUCCAAUGAUUGCGUCAGCAAUCUUAUAAAAAUUUUGUAACAGAACGCGUACGAACGCGCACACGGCUCCAAACGGGAAGUUUCUGUGGUUUCUGACGCACAGUUUCUGAACAUCCCUUUUAAUCGCGCGCGCGGAAUUAUGGGAGAGUGGCGCCCACCGACGGGAUGUUUUCGAACUAGUAGUCGCUAGCUCGCGCCACAUCGGUAAGUCGGCGAUCUAACUCUAACCGGUGAAAGCGGUAUCGAGAGCCGCGCACCAGCGCACGGCCACCAGCCGCACAGCUGGACUGCGAUAUUUUUCAUUGCGAGUGCGACAUGCCAUGUGAGUUCGAUCGCGCGUAGAACAAGGAAUCGUUCCAUGCGAGUCCACGCGAGGACACGAGACGUGCCGGACGACGACGACAACCGCGGCAGCAGCAGCAGCAGCGGCAGCGGCAGCGGAUCUGGCGGGACGAGUUAUGAGCACGCCGUGCCUCGGCCGGAG